UGCCAUCAAAGUAGGAUACAUAUCAAUAAGCCACUUCCACCUGUUAAACACCGACGUGGAACGAAGGGAGGUACAGGCACAGAGGGAGGAUGUCAGAUGAUGAAGCCGACCCGGAACUUCUAGCUCUCCUCCGCCAAUCCCUGGGUCUGGGACCUGGUAUUUCCACCGCUCCUCCAUCCACAGGGGUAUUGAAAUCAGCCCAGUACAUUUGCGACAAUGCCAUCGACGUAGCUAUAUCUUCCGGCGGCACCAAAACCGCGGCAGAGACAAUAUGGGGCCUCAUGCAGGCAAAGCGGUAUUCCACCGAGACGUGGUCGUCCCAUGAGCUCCACCCGAAAACCAAAGACGAGGCGACUGUCAAUUUCAUCUUCACCAUGAACCUGCUCAAUUUCUCCUUCUGGUCCGAAUUACCGCCAGAGGAACGAUUCACGGUCGAGUACAGAGGUCACCGGUGGACGGGAUACUGGUCUCUCGUGGCCGCCCUCCAGCGAGCAUUAGAUGAAGGGUACCCAAUCACCACGCCAUGCUUCUGGACCGACCUCGAGUCCUGCCCGGACACAGUUCUGCAUCAUGUCUUCCGCUCUGCCACGUCCGAGCCCAUCCCGCUUCUAUCCCAGCGCAUCUCGAUUCUCCGCGAAGCCGGCACCAUCCUCCAUGACUCCUUCGACUCCCGCCCACUCAACCUGAUCAAUCGCGCCGAAAACUCCGCCUCACACCUCGUCAACCUGCUGGUUCAGUACUUUCCCAACUUCCGCGACACAGCCACCUUCCACGACCGCGAAGUCCGGCUCUACAAGCGCGCUCAGAUCCUUGCCGCCGACCUAUGGGCCUGCUUCAACGGCUCAUCCUACGGUUCGUUCGACGACAUCGAUGCAUUGACCAUGUUCGCCGACUAUCGCAUUCCGCAAAUGCUCCAGGGGCUUCAUUGCCUGUGGUACUCACCGCGGCUGGAGUCGCGGAUCGCUCGACUAGAGCAGUUCGCGCCUGGCGAGGCUAUGGAAGUCGAGAUCCGCGGGUGUAGCAUCUGGUGCGUCGAGCUGCUUCGCCGGGAAAUCGAGCGGCACCAUCCCGAGGCCAAGGGCAAGGUCAACGCCGUCUUGAUUGAUUUUUUCUUGUAUGAUACCUGUAAAGAAAUGGAGAAGAGAGGGCAGUGUGAUGGUAUGCUGCCCCAUCACCGGACAAGAUCUAUCUUUUAUUGAUUGGAUUGAUGUCACGGUAACUAGAUUAGACUCGCUGCAAGGCUGGAGGUCGUCGGCAAUUUGGUUUGCUUCAUUAGACUAGAAAAGGCGUUGAGUGCCCCCGUCCAAAAAUUAUCAAUAC